AAGGAACGUGAAAAAGAGCAGGAAAAGGAAAGAGCACUAGCGGCGAAGCAGACAGAAAAGAACAAACAGAAGAGACAGAUUCAAGCUUUGUCUUUUAAUCUGAACGAAGACGAAGAUGAAGCUGAGAUGUCUUCUGACGAAGACAAUGCCGAAAAAUCCCCGUAUAAGGAAAGGGACGAGGAGGAAAAUAAACUUAGGAAAGAAUUGAGACAAGAAUGGGCUAGAAAGCAGAACGCGUUGAAGGAAGAAGAAAUUGAGAUCAAAUUCAGUUAUUGGGAUGGAUCUGACCAUCGUCGGAGUGUUAUAAUGAAGAAAGGUGAAUGUCUCAGUGGUUUAGAGAACGUUCUUCAGAGAUGUUUAGAAGUUCUGAGGCCCGAAUUCAGCGAGCUUAAAACAGUAAUAGCAGAUCAAUUAAUGUAUGUCAAGGAGAAUCUUAUAUCUUAUAUUACCGCACCAUUAUACGUUUUACUGCAACUGUAA